AUGCGGCCCCGUCGCCGCCCCUACCGGCCCCGUUGCCGCCCCUACGCGGCCCCGUCGCCGCCCCUAGCGGCCCCGUCGCCGCCCCUCGCGGCCCCGUCGCCGCCCCUCACGGCCCCUCAGUACAAGAGUGCUAAGACCUUGUACGACGCUAUAGUUGCACACUACUCUUCCCCUGCCACUGCUCCCCUUAGUCGCCUCAUACUGCCGUACCUGUUUCUUGACCUCGCCGCCUUUCCCACUGUCGCUGACCUCGUUACGCACCUUCGCACUAGUGAUACCCGCUACCGCGCUGCGCUUCCUGCUGAGUUCUGCGCCAAGAACCCCCCCCCCAUGUACAUCACCCUCUACUACAUAGUCACCCGGCUCCCUAACUCCCUUCGCUCGGUGAGGGACCACUUCCUCUCUGUUUGCCCCACCACUCUCACCGUUGACCUCCUCGAGGAGCGCCUCCUGGCAGCUGAGAAGAGUAUAGUUGCUAUAGGAGCCUCUCGAGGUGACCCGCGUGCCCCUGUCUUUGAGGGGUGCUCCCCCUCCCCCCUUUUGCCCUCUGUUGCCUCUGCUGCUGCCGUCGACUUCGUUGGCACCGAGUCGCGAGGUGGGGGUACUGGUCUCUGUACCUACGUCCUCCGCUCCGGCGACCGCGCUGGUGAGCAGUGCGGGGGCUUGCACUCCACCCAGCGCUGCUUCGGCCGCCUGACGGACGCUUGGCGUCACCAGUUCCCCGACGCCACUGAGAUCCCUCGCUGGGGAGAGCUGUCUAGGGCGGGGGUUGCUAUCUUUGAUCUUGACUAUGAUGCUACUCUUGCUGCCAUGUAUGCUGUGUCUACUAGAGAUGAGGGUAACUGUUACCUGUGUGUUCCGCCUGACCCGGGCAUUGAGGCUGCUGCUCUAGGUGCUAGUGAGGCUGCUGCUCUAGGUGCUAGUGCGUCUGCUGCCCCAGGUGCUGGUGAGUCUGCUCUCUCAGGUACCACGUCGGCUCAGGCCUUACACACCUUCACCCUUGACUCGGGUGCUUCCCGCUCCUUCUUUCGAGACCGCACCACGCUUACGCCGCUUGGUCGGCCGGUUGCGGUCUCUCUGGCGGACCCAUCUGGGGGUCCUGUCCUUGCUCGCUUCUCCACUGUCUUACCGUGUCCGGCAGCCCCCUCUGGCACCGUGUCAGGUCUCUACCUCCCCUUGUUCUCUACGAACUUGGUGGGUGGUGCUGAUCUACAGGAUGGGGGGGUUGACCAGUUCACUUCUGCGACGUCGUGA